CACAUCAGACACAUGGAAGCAGGAAACCAUACCAGAGUAUCAGAAUUCUUCCUUCGGGGCCUCUCAGAUGACCCAGAACUGCAGCCCCUCCUCUUUGGCUUGUUUCUGUUCAUGUACCUAGUCACUGUGCUAGGAAACCUGCUCAUCAUCCUGGCCAUCCUCUCUGAUUCCAACCUCCACACCCCCAUGUACUUCUUCCUCUCUAACCUGUCCUCUGUUGACAUCUGUUUCAUUUCCACCACUGUCCCGAAGAUGCUGGUAAACAUCCAGGCACAGAGCAAAGACAUCUCCUACCCUGGAUGCCUCACUCAGCUGUACUUUUUUAUGAUUUUUGCUGGAAUGGAUGGUUUCCUCCUGACCGUGAUGGCCUAUGACCGGUUUGUGGCCAUCUGCCACCCCCUGCACUACACAGUCAUCAUGAACCCACGACUCUGUGGCCUGCUGGUUCUGGUGUGUUGGCUCAUCAUUUUCUGGGUCUCCCUGAUUCAUGUCCUACUGGUGAGGCGGCUGACCUUCUGUACAGGUGCGGAAAUUCCACAUUUCUUCUGUGAAGUGGUUCAGAUUCUCCAGGUAGCCUGCUCUGACACUCGUAUCAAUAAUAUCUUCUUGUAUGUGUCGACUGCCAUACUGGGUGUGUUUCCUCUGACUGGGAUCUUCUUUUCCUACUCUCUGAUCGUCUCCUCUUUAAUGAGAAUGUCCUCUGCAGCAGGAAAAUAUAAAGCAUUUUCAACCUGUGGCUCACAUCUCUCUGUGGUCUCCUUGUACUACGGGGCAAGCUUGGGGCUCUAUCUCAGUCCUGCUGGGAUUCAUUCUUCCCAGAGAAUCCCAAUUGCCUCAGUGAUGUAUACUGUGGUCACCCCCAUGCUGAACCCCUUCAUCUACAGCCUCAGGAACAAGGAUGUGAAGGGGGCCCUGAGAAGACUCCAUAGUCGUGGAGCCCUUUGUCCAUGAUGGGCCACUGGCCUCAGAACCAAGUAGACAUUGUGAGCUCCAAAAGGCAAAUAAUUGUGCAUAUAAAUCUCUUGGUUUUCUUCCUCCCCUAAAAGACAUGCCUCACUUCUUCUAUUCUCAAAAUCCCCAUGACUUUGCCUUCAUUUGGCUUUGGUUUUGUAUUAGUUUCUCCUCAAUAAUCUCUUCAGUAAUUCCUUUUUUCGUUUGUCUUCCCUGUUUGCAGCGCAUAACAUUCUAUCUUUGGUUAGCUUUCCUACAGUCAUUCCUGAGAUUUUUAAUACUUGAUGUGAAGCACUAAUAGCAAGUGCCUGCAUGGUUUCCUCCCAAAACUGUCUUCUCAAAUGCUGACAUCCUUCACCUUAAUUUGGUUGUAAGUUUGUUUCUCCCUGGGGGAAACAGAAUGGAAACCAUACAAUAGUCAUAACCAAAGUGCUUGCCAUAUCAAGACUGUGC